CGGGGGGCGCGUUGAGGAGACUUGGCAUUCUUUUGUGUUUGUUAAAUGCCCAGCAGGCUCCCAGACCGACAACCCCCGACCCUCCAGUCUCCAUGUCUUAGAGAUGCCAAAUUCGAGAGUUAUAUAAUUUCAAGCGCUGCUGUUUCUCCCUGCCUGAGGAAACACUUCAUCGCUUGGAGGUUGCAGGACAUUUCAGUGCUCUUUUAUGUAGACACAGGGUCGGGGCAGGGGUGGCCAGCGGUGGCAGAGAGACCCUUUUUUUCUGCAAAAGGAAGGUGGGUAGUUCGGAAAGAGAUUGAGAGAAAGGGUGGCUGUGGAAGCCAAGCAGCUGUAAGCUCUCAUUUAGGAAAUCGCGGACCGGUUGCACAGUUGAUGCUUACAUGCCUCAUACUACUACAGCGUCUCUGAAAACACCUUUGGGGAAAGGUUUGGCUUCUCUGGAACAGGCUCAGUGUUUACCCUCGCUGUAUAGGGAGCUGCUUGGAUGCGAAAAGAUGGCAUGAUAUGAAUGACUCCAGUGUGAAGAAAUCUGCUUCGCCAACUCAUCCUGCAUCAAGUGCCCAUUGAGUAGCACUGUCACUUUAAUGUCUCCAUGCCAAGGGAUUGCUUUCCUCUUUUUCAAUCCUCUCAGUUAAUACACGGGAGGAUCAGACUCAGAAGGGCAUUAAAGGAUCAAGCCUGGGGGGCUUGGAGAGCACAGAAGAAAAAAAUGAAAGUGACAGCAAGCUGGAUCCUGUCUUGCUAAAGGGGGUGAGAUCUGGAACUUCUGGUCCAGUAAAUACAAAGGGGGCCUUUCAGUUUGUGUUGUGCCCCCAGAAAACUGUUCAAACUCACACUCUCCCUUUCUCCCCCCGAGAGAGGAAAAAAACUUUAAAAUUUUUCUGUAAAGAUUUGAAGAUCUUUACCAUCAACCAAUUCAUCUUUGAUGUUGAUGAUGUGUAAAGUGAUGGGACAGACACCUAAAUUUGGUUUGCACCUUAAUUGAGUUAGUCAUUGAAUUCCCAAAAUGGUACUGUCUGAAGAGGACUUUUAAUACUUUCCUAUGCUGACAAUAAUAUUCUCAGCUUAAACUAUACAUGAUAAAUACUUUAUAUUUUUCUCUAAACUGUGGGCAGUGUCAAAAGUUUAGCUGUAGAAAAAAGGCAUCAUUGUUUUCUUUGCAUGAAAUAGAAGACUCAGCCUGGAUGUAAGAACUGAACAGUGAAGUGAUUUGUAACAGUUACACUGUUGGUUUCAAUCCAGCUGGAUCAAGCUGAGACCUGAAAAGAGAUCUUGAUUCCUGUGGCAGUGGCAAGACCCAAGAAUGCCAGUGAAGAAGAAAGAUACUGACCGAGCUUUAUCAUUAUUGGAUGAAUAUUGCAAAAAGUUAAGAAAACCAGAGGAGCAGCUGUUGAAAAAUGCUGUUAAAAAGGUGAUGAGUAUCUUUAAGAGCAGCUUAUUCCAGGCUUUGCUAGAUAUUCAAGAAUUUUAUGAGGUGACAUUGUUAAAUUCUCAGAAAAGCUGUGAACAGAAGAUAGAAGAGGCCAAUAAAAUUGCUAAGAAAUGGGAGAAGACAUCACUUUUUGCUCCCUGCCAUGAUAAUUUUCAAGGACAUCCAGAGCUUACAGGUUGCAAUGGACCAAAAGAAAAUGCUUCGUGUAUUGAUCAAAAUAAAGAAAAUCAGUGUUUUGAAAAUGAAACUGAAGGAAAGAUAAACCAAAAUCAAGGCAAAUGCCCAGCCCAGAAUUGUUCAGUGGAAGCCCCUGGUUGGAUGCCUGUUCACCACUGUACUGUGCUUGAGGAGAGGGGACAUGAAAUGAAGUAUCGAUAUCAAGAUGAGGACGUUCCACAUGAUCAUUCCUUACCUCGACUAACACAUGAAGUAAGAGGCCCAGAACUUGUGCACGUAUCAGAAAAGAACCUGUCUCAAAUCGAAAAUGUCCAUGGAUAUGUUUUACAGUCUCAUAUUUCUCCCCUGAAGAUCACAGAAUCAAUGAGCAAAUAUUUCCAGGGUUAUGUGAAAGUCAAUAAAGGCCUUCAGAUUGAGGGUAUGGUGCUUUGA